UUUUCGGUUCCUUCGCAGCCGUUCGCUUGAGAGGUAGAGCUUCUUCUUCCGUUGGUUCGCGUUCGGCUUCUUUGGUUCGCGUGUGAUAGAUCUUCGAGCGAGUCAAUUGCCAUUGCUUGUCUAGGGUUUGCUUUUCCUCUUCUGCAUUUAUUCGUUGCGGUUCUGCUAACGAUUCUUUUUCCCUCGUGCGAAGCGUUAAAUUCGCCGAAUCGAAGGAUUUCGUAAAUCCGGGAUUUACUACGAAGAUUUACCGUGAGAUUUAGUUUUAAAUUUUUUGUGGUUUGGCUGGAUUUAGCUCAAAUCUGCCCCAAAUCCAACCUAAAUCCUGGAUCCAAACAGCCCUUAGGAUACAAUGUCGGCGUUGGCGGAAGCAAGCAAGGAUUUCGAAGUGCGGUCCCGUUCCAAACGCCUUAGAAGAUCCACGAUGAUUGAUUCGGAGUUCGAUUAUUAUCAUCAUGAUUCGCCUGAUUCUAAUCAGGAGAUUGAAAAACCUGACGGUGAUUGGAAUUCUGUGGAGGGGAGACGGGAAAGGAGGUCGAUUCGGAGGACUGGGAAGAGAAAGAAAAGUGAAGAAGAAGAGAUGGAGAAGAAGGGUGGGAGGGGGCGAUGGAAAAGAACGAGGGUUUCGACGGUGCAUAGAGGCGGCGGUAGAGAUUUCUCUAAGAAGAGGAAGGAAUUGGUGGCUUCAUCUUUCUUUCCUUCUUUGUGUCGGCAGGUGCAUAGCAAUGUGCUGUCUUCUUGCACGUUAUCUUCUUCUAGGUCUGCCGUGGGAGACCUUUACAACCGCGAACAGAAUUCUGCGAAGAAGCGCAGAAGAAUUGGGAAGGACGAUAUGGGACUGGAAUACUCGGGUUGCAGAAAGGACCAGUUUCGAAGGUGCUCUAAGAUGACAGAUGAGUUGGGCUUGAAUGGUUCACAUUCCUGCAGUGAAACGUGUAACUUCGAAGUUUGCAAGAGGCAAAAAACGGAAUCCAGGAUUCCUUGCACAGAUGAUAAGCUUCAUAAAGUUGAAAACAGCUAUCAUGUGCUUAGUUUUCUGCUUCCUUCUUUGAAACAACUAAAUCAAGAGCAAGACGCUGAAAAGCAAAAAGAGUCAAACAUUCAAGGUUUGAAAUUAUCUGAGUUGAGGAUAGAGAUGUCUGCUUGUGAAAAAGAUGAGAGAGCAUUUUGCAACUAUUGCAAAACAUCUAUUGUCGAUCUUCAUAGAAGCUGUCCUAGUUGUGAAUUUGAAUUGUGCAUUACUUGUUGCAAAGAGAUCCGUGAGAACAACCUUUCUUGUGCAGAAGAAGUGCUUCCUCUUACGAAUAGAGGAUAUGACUACAUGCAUGGCGGAAAACCUACAGAAAGUUCUUUCGCCAAACAUGAGGAUCAAGAUAAUUUAAUGCACUAUUUUAAUGAAGUUGCUAUGUGGAAGGCUGAUCAGAGUGGUGAAAUUUAUUGUCCACCAAAAGAAGUUGGAGGAUGUGGCAAGGCUGUCUUGAAAUUAAAGCGUAUGCUUCCAGAAGGUUGGACCUCCGAACUGGAAGCCAAAGCUGAAUACUUGGUAGGAAGAUUCGGAUUACUACAGUAUUCUAUUACAACUGAACAUGCUAGCUGUAGUUGUUCAAGUACAGGUAAAAGUUCUAGAAAAGCGGCUUCCAGGGAAGAUUCUACUGACAACAUUUUAUAUUGUCCACAUUCAAGUUACAUUGAUAAAAUUGAAUUUAAGCAUUUCCAAAAGCACUGGGCUAAUGGUGAACCAGUGGUUGUGCGUGGGGUUCUUGAUGAGAAUUCACAAUUAAGCUGGGAGCCAAAGGCUAUGUGGAAGAAUAUAUGCAAAAGCAAGAUUAGUUCUGAAUCAACUCAACUUCAAACUAUUGAUUGUCUAGCUUUGUGCAAGGUGGAGAUUAAGUGUGAUGAAUUUUUUGAGGGCUACUUUGAAGGACGAAUAUAUGACAAUUCCUGGCCAGAAAUGCUAAAACUGAAGGAUUGGCCUUCAUCAACUCAUUUUGAGGACUGUUUACCGUGUCAUGGGGAUGAAUUUGUCAAUUCACUGCCAUUUCAGGACUACACAAAUCCCCGAAUGGGCCCUUUAAACAUUUCUACAGCUCUCCCUGAGGAUAUCUUAAAGUUGGACCUGGGGCCAAAAUCAUAUAUUGCAUAUGGAAUGAGAGAAGAACUUGGCAGGGGAGAUUCAGUUACCAAGCUUCAUUGUGAUGUUUCAGAUGCAGUAAAUGUUUUAAUGCAUGUUGCCGAGGUCUUGCCUUCUGAAGAACAGAAGUGCGCAAUAGAGAAGUUGAAGAACUUGCACAGAGAUCAAGAUGAAAGAGAGCAAUUUAAUAGCAUUCAUAGCAAAGAGACUGGCAACAGGAUGGAGGAAAUAUAUGCCGAUGGCUUUCUUGAGCAGAGGAAAGAAAAUGACCAGGAUGAUCAAAUCCAAGACGGAGGUGCUUUGUGGGACAUAUUUCGGAGGGAAGAUGUAGAAGCACUGAAAGCAUACCUUAGGAAACAUUCAAAGGAAUUCCGCCAUACUUAUUGUUCACCGGUUGAACAGGUAUUUAAUCCAGUCCAUGAUGAGGUGUUCUACCUAACACGGGAACACAAAAGGAAGCUCAAAGAGGAAUUUGGGAUAGAGCCAUGGACAUUUGUUCAAGAGCUUGGAGAGGCAGUGUUCAUCCCUGCGGGCUGUCCCCACCAAGUGCGCAACCUUAAGUCUUGCACAAAGGUUGCCCUUGAUUUUGUCUCUCCUGAGAAUGUAAGGGAAUGCUUGCGCUUAACUGGGGACUUCAGAUUGCUUCCCAAAGAGCACAGGGCAAAGGAAGAUAAGCUAGAGGAAAACAACCAAUAUAUAUGGGAAAAUAAAUGAGAAGAGUAAUUAAUACAGGAAAUUAAGGCACCACACAAUUAACCAAUAUGAACUCCUUUAAAAAAAAGAAAAUGGAGACUUAAAGGGUAGCAGUCAAAAGGGGGAAACUGAAGCAUCAUACGGCGGCCAAAAAUUGAAUUGCUUUUUGGCUCGGAUUGAGCUAAUGAGCUAAGUCAUAAGCCAAAUUUUUUGCUCGAUUUGAUUUUAAGCUACAAGUGGAUCGAUGAGCAUACUCAAAAUUAGAUUGAAAAUAGUGGGAUAAAGGCUUGUUGUUGUUGCAUAAAAUUUAAUUUAUACAUACUAUAUUUUUUAAGUUUAACCAAUGAGAUAUGUUGUCAACUAAUGAGAUAUGUUGUCAGCUAACUCUUGUCAUUGAAGCUUGCAUAUGCUUAUUGAUUAUUUGCCGAU